AUGUCUCCAACGGAAUGCCCCGCGCUGGUCGAAUGGUCAGGGACUAAGUCGCCGUCAAUGGAAACUGACACGGUCAUCGUCGGCAAUGGGCCGUCGUCCAUGAUCCUAUCGUUUAUUCUCCAUGGCCAUGUUCCGUUUUAUUCCCACGAACCACCACACCCCGACCAUUUACUCGACGCCAAACUGAGGGCUACGCCUGACUUGUUGAAUGCCGAUGUGGAAUCCCUCACGGCACAUUUUGCAGCAUCGCGCCUAUCGUAUUCGACACAGGCCCUGCCUGUAAAUGUUCUUCUGGACACGCUUGUACGUCCAAGUGUCGACGUGGAUGAGCCGGGCAGCGUUUCAAAUAUUGAGUGGCGCUUGGAGCCCAAAAAAGUAGUUCCACAUCUCGUAUUUGGAAAACCCUCCCAUCCUGGGGGCCAAUGGACGGAAGAUCCAUGGGGCGCAAAUUGGGAUAUCCAGACCUUGAGUUAUGCUGCUAUGUUAUCCUUGCCUGGGUACUCCUUUCCCGAUCAUCACCGAAAGACCACAGGCCAGGACCUACCACCGUUCACCCGUCCCACAAGGCGCGAAAUCGCCGACUAUCUCCGUGUCUAUCCACAAGCUGUACACAUCGAUGAAUCCUUUCGGUGUGCGGAAGAGCUGAACGGCAUUUCUCGCACUGCCGAUGGAUUCUACAUCCGAUCCCAUGAUCUCCACUGCAAGCGAUUGGUGCUGGCUAGUGGGAUAUUUUCUGAGAUACUCGCACCGGAAUCAGUGCUACAACCCGUACUACAGACUCAGCCCACUCCAGAUAUCCCGCUUCUCGUUAUUGGGUCCGGAUUCUCCGCCGCCGAUGCCAUCAUAUCCGCCCCUCGUGAUCAGAAAAUUUUUCACGUAUUUAAAUGGGCUCCAGAAAACCGUCCGUCGCCUCUCCGAGGCUGUCACCAACAAGCGUAUCCGGAGUACGCCGGUGUAUAUCGGCUUAUGAAAAGAGCUGUGCUGGCAGCCGAAGCUGCCGCGAAGAAUGAACGACCAAAGUACCGCCGUGCCGCCUCAACUCCAUAUUUAGAAAGCCGAAAUUGGGAUGCAGUAUAUGAGGGCGUUUCGAAUGUCGAAAUUACCAACGUGGAGCUGUACGAUGGCCUGCCGACGGUCUCGUUUCGUCGAGACGACGGAUCUACAUUCUCACGAUCUGUGCGUGGUCUAGUAUAUGCCGCCGGACGACGAGGCACCCUCGGAUAUCUUGAUCCCGAGCUGCGCUCCGAAGUGCUGGGGCAUAGCGAUGAAGAUGAUGCAACAGUGUCAGGACAGACACUCCGCGCGAAAGCAACAGAGGAUUUGGAGGUUGCCCCGGGGGUACACAUCGUCGGCAGUUUAACCGGAGACUCUUUGGUUCGCUUUGCAUAUGGCGGCUGCGUUUCCACGGCUGGUCGUCUCAUCGGGUCUCCAUCUGGCAAACGGGGACCCCAUAGCAUGUCCAGCAGCGUGGUGUCAACCGCCAAGUCACCGGGCUCUUCCCUUCCUGCGAUGAAUGGGAUCGAUGGCCAUCAUAUCUACGCCAACGGGGAAUCCCCGGACCCGGCGCAGGAGGACACCAUCAGCAAGACGUCCACGGUGACUAACCAGCCCGCCGGUCGCUGGUGGAACACACUGAUUCGCAUGUGGAAUGACCUGGUCCGAUAA